CUUGUUACUGCCCUUGCUUAGUAAUUCAGCUCAUCCAUGUUGAUCUUCUUAUUUAUCUUCUUUCAAUUAGAUAAGCAUGAGUUUCUAUUUUUGUUUAUUAUUGGUUAGGUAAAUAUUAAUCCAAUAGAGAUCAAUUUUAAGGAGUUUAUCGUGAUCACCUUUAGACUAUUAUGCAUUUGGAUGUCUUAAAGAGCUUUGUAAUUAACUUUUCAACUUUUGAUUUGGAUAUUCAAUAGAUUUUGGGCUUUCUAAGCACAUGUUAAGAGUAUUCUAUAAACAUUGAGUUUCUUUCUUUACAUUAAACUUAAUAGCACAAAUACUUUGGUAUCUCCUGUGUUCUUGUCUCUCCAUCACUUAAGACUUUGAAACUUAGAUAUCUCUGUAGAAGAAGAAGUUGAUACUUCUUAGGAACCUCUAUGUUGUUUGAUGCUUGAAACUGGACACUGAAAAUAUGUUGAUUAUGGAACGCCUGAAAUCUCCUCCUCCUCUAAUGAUCGUCUCGGACCUUGAUCAUACCAUGGUUGAUCAUCAAGACCAUGACAACCUCUCUCUUCUGAGGUUCAACUCACUGUGGGAAGAAGCUUAUCGCCGUGACUCUCUUCUCGUCUUCUCAACAGCAAGAUCACCUAUUCUUUACAAAGAACUGAGAAAAGAAAAACCAUUGUUGACCCCUGAUAUCAUCAUUACAUCUAUAGGAACCGAGAUAGCAUUUGGUAACUCCAUGGUUCCUGAUCAUUCUUGGGUUGAGACCUUGAACACCCAUAAAUGGAACCAGGAGAUUGUCUUGGAAGAAACCAGAAAGUUCCCUGAGUUAACUCUUCAGCCGAAAACUGAGCAGAGGCUACACAAGGUCAGCUUUUACAUUGAUGAAGGUAAAGGUGAGGCAGUGACCAAGGAACUUUCACACUUGCUGGAGAAACGUGGCUUAGAUGUUAAGAUCAUUCACAGCUGGGGAAUGAAUCUGGAUGUUAUACCACGAGGUGGAGGAAAAGGAGAAGCUCUUGAGUACCUUCUCAAGAAGCUGAAGGCUGAAGGAAUGUCCCCUGUCAAUACUCUUGCUUGCGGCGACUCUGAACAUGAUGCUGAGCUAUUCAGCAUUCCUGAUGUUCACGGUGUCAUGGUGAGCAAUUCUCAAGAAGAGCUACUGAAGUGGCAUACUGAAAAUGCUUUAAACAACUCAAAGCUCAUCCAUUCAAGCGAGAGAUGUGCAGAUGGGAUUCUUCAAGCCAUUGAUUAUUUCAAGCUUGGUCCAACUCUUUCUCCAAGAGAUGCUUCUGAGUUCUUGAAUGGAAAGGCGGAUAUCGCCAAUCCUGGUCAAGAAGUUGUGAGGUUUUACUUGUUCUACGAGAGAUUGAGACGCGGUGAGAUCAAGAAGUAUGAGACAUACAUAGCCAGCUUCAAAGAGUCUUGUGACCAAGAUGCUGUUUUUUUCCAUCCAUCAGGGGAAGAGAAGUCUCUGAGGGAGGCCAUUGAUGAGCUGAGGAAGUAUAAUGGAGACAGAAGUGGGAAGAAGUUUUGGGUUUGGGUGGAUCAGGUUCUUGUUAUAGAUAACAUUUCUGGGAAAUGUAUAGUGAAGUUUGAUAAGUGGGAGCAAUGCGAGGAUGAGCGUAAAUGCUGCACAACUACUGUUGAAUUCACUUCAAAGGGAAGAGGAUGUUUGGUGUGGGAACAAGUGAAGCAGAUAUGGUCAGAGGAAUCAGAGCUGAAUGAUGAAAACAAUUGCUGGAUUAUCUGAAUCUUGGAGACUUGUAAAUGAUUGAUUUGCAAACUGUCUUCGGGAUUUGUCUUCCCUUUCUUCGUAUAGUUUUUUUAUAAGUUUUGAAAAUGUUUUUGAUAAUUACCAAAAAAAAAAGUGUAAUAUACACUUGAGAUUUACAUGAAAUUUUAAAAAUUGAGGGCGAACCGGUUCGGACCGGUGACCUCUUGAUCUGCAGUCAAA